CUUAGGUUCAGUUAGAUGACACACAACAUUAUGUACCUACUCUCUAAAUUUAACGUAAUUUUUAAUUUAAAAUUGUGAACUCUACAUAUGUAUAUGGAAUUUAUCAAUUAAUGCCUACUCAAUAAGCUGGCGGAGGAACCACCUGGUUGCAUUCUUUAUUCAUAUUUCUUAGGUUCAGUUAGAUGGCACACAACAUAGGUAUGUCGAAAACAAUUUAACGUAAUUUUUUAAUUUUGUAAAUUCUACAUGAAAUUUAUAAAUUAUAUUUAAUAAACUGGUGGAGGAACCAUCUUUGUGAAUUAUUGCGUCGAAUAGUUAAAUAAAUUAGGUAAAUGCGUUCAUUCGAUAUACGACGAAAACUUGUCUGAUUCUUGUGCCAUACACUCCUACAAACUAGAAACUAGACACACUGGUAAUUCUGUUUUCGAAAAAAUAAAAAGUUCACAUGAGAUAAUCGUAUUACUGCAUUUUGCACAUUUCAGAAAUUUGUGUGACUUUGAGCGAACGAAAUUAAAUCAUCGCUCAUUUGAAGUUUCCAAAAUCUCAUAAGGUACCUAACAAAUUAAACGAUACUGGAUCGUUUUCAUAAAUUUCGCAAAAUUUUAGCUAGGCAAUACUAUCUAUCGACAAAUUGUGAAUUUUAAGACAUUCUUAGGUGGAUAAUUUUUUUUUUAAUUUGAAAAAAAAAUGAAAAUUUUCCGCAGGCGGUGAUCGAUCCCUCGACUGUUGCGUUAUUCGUGGUUCUAUGUUCGCCGCUCAACUCACUCGGCCACCUCUCUGCUUAUUAGAUACGCCCUCAUAGAAAAUCACUACUAGCGACUUCAAAAAAUUACUAACGUUUCUGAAAAAGUUACUAGUGAUACCGAAAACGUUACUAACGCUUGUACUGACGCUACUAGCGACCAACUUGACGCUACUAGCGACUGACUGGGUGCUACUAGCGAUCAGCUGGGCGCUACUAACGACUGUCUCAACAUUACUAGUGAAUGAUUUAACGCUACUAAUGACCAAGCCGACACUAGUAACGAUUAAACUGACGCUACCAACAGCUAGGCACGUACCUACAAUUGGUGAAAAAUGAAAAUUAAAGAAUUCCCAAAAAUCAUGUUUUUUUUUGGAAUUAUGAAUUAUUGAAAAGUUUCCGCUUGGGCCAGAUCAUUUUCCUUUUUCUUUCUCCGACAAAAAUUAGAUAGUAGCAAAAUUGACUUCUCACAUCACAAAUGCGACUUUUUUACUUGAAAAUUUUUUGCAUAUAGAAAUCAUAUCCUGAAGAAAAUGAAGAAUUGUCAAUUGUCAAGAGCUUUUGUCAUGGCUUGCUCAGUUGCUCGGCCCCAUUUAUAUUUUUAAAAUUCAGAGAGGGAGGGGAGGGGAGAGAAACGGAAAAAAGUCCAUUUUUGCGAGUAAAGCCUAAAUUCCAGUCAAAAAAUGAAAAAAAAUUCGAGGUACCAGCCCCCUCGGGUGGGGGAGAGGAACGGAAAAAAGUCCAUUUUUGCGAAUAAAGCCUAAAUUCCAGUUGAAAAAUGAAAAAACUGAGGUACCAGCCCCCUCGGAGGGGGGAACGAGGGUAAGGGGACGAGGAAGGGUCCAUUUUCGCAAAUAAAUAUCGAAUACGAGUGUAUGCUAUCCAUUUAAUUUUUAUCUAGAAAAUAUUAACACACCAAACACUCAGUUUUAAUUUUGUAAAAAAUCAUCAAACUUGAAAUUUUUUUAAAAUCCAGAGUGCUAAAAAGUGCAUAUACCUAAAUGUUUCAAACACCACAUCUUCCAACUUCCUCAGUGGCCUAGUUGGUUAGGUAGGUGACUAGAGAGUGAGUAAUUGCUGGUUCGAACCCCACCCCAGGCGUGAAAUUUUUUUUGAUUUUCAAAAUUUUUUGGGGAGAAUUUGUUGUUCUAAGAGGGUCUACGAGUAAAUGGCUGCCAUUAACAUGUUUUUGUCAUGAUUUUCAGUGCAAAAUGCGCAAAUUUGCGCGUGUCACUACUAUUGACAAACGUCACUAGUCAUUAGUAACGUCUGUCAGUAGUAGUGACGCUACUUGUCGAAAAAGUUACUAGUGUUUUUUUUUUUUUUUUUUUUUUUAGUAAUGACGCUAGUAGUGAUUUUCUAUGAGGGCGGGGUCAGGGUUGGACGAACUUUUGGAGCGGCCCGCGCGAUUUUCAGUUUGACGGCUCACCCAAACAAAACAGAAAAAGAAAAAAGCUCAGUGAGAGAUGACUUUAAAAAUGUACCCGAAUAUAACAUACUUUUUCAACAGUAACGAUUUUUUUUAAAGCGGGGGGCAGAGAUGAACUUGGCAGAAAUCUCUCACUAUAGGGGGCAAAAGGUGAUAAAUUCCUAACUGACUCGUCAAAAAAUAUCCAUUACUGAAGUAUCUACGUAUCACAAAAAGUUUUCAAAUGUUAGUAUUUUUCUUGCGUCAAUACCUAGAUAUUUUUCAGAUUAGCAUUUUCAAAAUUGAAAUUUUAGAAAAGAAAAGCAAAUUUGGAGUCAAAUGAAGCGAGGGCUUGCUCUUGAAAAUUAUAAAAAUGAAACGACACAUUAUUUAUUUAAAGUCUAAGUAAACAGUAAGUACAUACAAGUGCAUACAUGCAGAAAUUCUAGAAGUAUGUGAGACAGUGCGUUAGUCAUGGAGAAGACGUAUCGAAGUGGAAUUAACGAAAACAAAAUAGAUAAGUAUAAAAUUAAUGCCAAAAUUCGAGUAAGGAAAAGGUUUUUGUAAACUUUUCAGUUUUUAGGCACUUGUGUUAAUAGAAAUAAAACUUUUGAAAUCAUCGUUUCAAUUUAAAAAAAAAAAAAAAAUGUAAGGUACGUACUCGAAUGUUGAAUUACAAAAUAGAAAAUGUUUUUUUGGGUCAAUUUCAUUCGAAAAAUUUUCGUACUUGACUGUUACUCAGAUUUUAAAUAAAUAUGUUGAAUUUUUUGCUCAGUUUCAUUCAGAAGCAGGUAUGACUUAUCAAAAAAGGUUUUGUGUUUUCAAGAUAUGUUAUUCUGAAUUGAAUUUUUGAAAAUUAAAAAAAAAACAAUACUUAUCUAACUAUUAAUACACAAAAGUUGGAGCCGUUUGGUACCUUUUGCGCCGUUUGUACGGCCGUUUUUGGUUUUUGCGAAUUAAUUUUGACGUUUAGAAACCUCCUUACCUGAGCGAAUGCCUUCGAAUGUUUUUGAAAAUUUACAUUUUCCAAAAAAAAUGUGAUUAAAAAAUGUUUGGAUUUUGGAAAUAUGAGAAUGUUUUGGUUUUCGAUCACGAAAAUAGAUCCGCACAACCUUAAUUAUUUUAAAACCUUGGUGACCAGUCAUUGGUUUGCAUUUUUUUUUUUUUUUUUGUAAACACAAGACAAGAUGAAAAUUGAUAAUGACAGAUAUGUGAAAAAAUUGUAAAUAUAAUUAAAGAAUUUGUUCUACUAUGAAACUAUAAAAUUAAAAAUGAGAAUAUGAUGAAGUUUCUUUUCAUCAUUAUCGUUGUAUUUAGUUUUAGUCAAACAAUGCCUCGCCGGAGGUUGCUAACUAUUCCAGGUCAGCGAGUGCGUCGUCAGAAUGAUGAUUUUUCUCAAUUAGCUUCUUCAGGUUUAUACAUUUUUAUACAUAAUUUCAAUUGUAAAAUUAAAUUGAUUAUAUUGUAAAUACAUAAUUGUUGUAUUUGCGCUUUGUUUUGUUUUUAACAUACUCUUCGAACCAUAGAUUCUGAUACUGAUACGGAAGUUGAAGAAAUUGAGAUACAGUUGAGUGAUGAAUGGGAGGAUACUGUAGAUGGAAUGAUAACAGAUACUACCGAAGUUGAUACAGGCCCGAUAGCAGGGAGAUUUUCAGGUGAAGAUAAUGUAAUAAAAUUGAACAUCGGUAAGCUUAAUAUUCUUUGUCCCUAUUGCGGCGCGAAGCAUUUUAAAGGUGAAAAUUUUAAGAACUGCUGUCACAAUGGCAAGAUAGACGCGAAUGUUUGUCCAGAUAUUCGAGUUCCGGAUUUUUUGAAAACUUUAAUAACUACAGACAAUGCUUUACAAAAGCAUUAUUUGGAUUUCAUCCGCCAGUAUAAUAAUGCAUUUGCGUUCGCGUCUAUUGCCGUCAAUAGACAAAUUUUCAGUGGAAAAGGACCUUUUAUUUUCAAAGUUCAGGGUCAGCUUUAUCAUUACGUAGGACCGUUGCAUUCAUCGAACGAUGAAGGAGUAGCUCCGUCAUUUGCAGCUUUAUUUAUGCUGGAUAUGAAUACAGCUCACGAAUAUCGUUCGAAUAAUGAGAAUUUAAAUCGGGAGCUUUUAUUACUUUUAGAAACUAAUUUGAGAUCUAUAAACCCGUAUUGUGAGCUGUUUCAUACUAUGCGAGAAGUUGAACAGCAGUUUGAUGUUAGUGAUUAUAAGUUAUUAUUUACAACCGAGAAUACAUUUAAUGAUGUAAGACGUUAUGCUUCUGCAACGAGUGACGAAAUUGCUGCUGCGUUUGUUACAGACGCCGACGGAUGUCCGUCACCUCAGUUUGAUUUUUUCAUUUAUUCAAAAAAACAGAGCUUUGCAAUUCAUCGAAUUCCUCACCUCAAUCCUCAUGUGGACCCUUUAUCAUAUCCGCUUUUAUUUCCUUAUGGGGAUCCAGGUUGGAAGCCAGGGAUGAGUCAUAAUAUGAUAUUUGCUAGUGACAAACGCGUUGUCACUACACAAUUACAAUUCUACUGCUAUAGGUUUGCUAUCAGAGAUAAGUUCAGUUUACUCCAUAGCAGUGGAAAAUUGUUUCAGCAAUAUGUUGUCGACGCAUAUGUUAAGGUGGAAGGCAGUCGUUUGGCGUUCAUUAGAUCGCACCAAAAAGAGUUACGCAGCGAAAAAUACAACGUUUUAAUGGAUUUUGCUAUAACUACAACUAACGUAUUAGGGAUACCUGUAAUAUUGCCAUCUACCUUUUUAGGGAGUCCUCGGUAUAUGAGUCAAUGUUACCAAGAUGCAAUGAGUAUUGUUGCAAAAUUUGGAAAGCCGGAUUUCUUUGUGACGUUUACAGCGAAUCCUCAUUGGAUUGAAAUUACUGAAAAUAUAAAUUCUUGGGAAGUCGUUGCUAAUCGUCCUGACAUCGUUGCUAGGGUAUUUCAUUUGAAGCUUAAAGAAUUAUUAGAUGAUAUUACAAAAAAAGAAAUUUUUGGUAAAGUGCUCGCAUAUUUUUAUGUUAUCGAAUUUCAAAAGCGUGGUUUACCGCAUUCGCAUAUUUUAGUAAUUUUGCAUGAGGAUUUUAAAAUUCGAAAUCCUCAAGAAAUUGAUAAUUUUGUAUCAGCUGAAAUACCAAACAAGCAAGAAACGCCUACUUUGUACGAUGUAGUAACAAAGUAUAUGUUACAUUCACCAUGUGGUGAACUUAACCAGAAAGCUCCCUGUAUGGUUGAUGGUGCGUGCAUUCGAAAUUUUCCUAAAGACUUUUGUGAGGAAACAACUGAAUGUAAUGGAUUUCCAUUGUAUCGCAGACGUGAAAAUGAGCCCGUAUUAGUAAAUAAUCGUUUAAUGGACAAUCGUUGGGUUGUUCCUUACAAUCCUUAUUUAAGUGUACGUUAUGACGCGCAUAUAAAUGUUGAAGUUUGUGCUUCUAUCAAGAGUGUGAAAUAUUUAUUUAAAUAUGUGUAUAAGGGGUAUGAUUGUGCUGCAUUCUCAGUGACUUCUAAAGAAAGUGACGAAGUGAAAGCGUAUUUAGAUACACGGUAUGUAAGUCCUCCCGAAGCGAUAUGGAGAUUGUAUGAAUUUCCCUUGCAAGAAAGAUCGCAUUCUAUCGAUCGGUUGCCGAUUCAUUUGCCUGAUGAACAAUUUGUUUAUUUUCAACAGGGUAGUGAGCAAGAAGCUUUACAGAAUGCGAGUAAAAAAACAACAAAAUUGGAAGCAUGGUUUCUAUUGAAUAAGAGUGAUGAGAGCGCGCGAAAAUAUAAAUAUGUUAACAUUCCGGAACAUUAUUGGUUCCACAAUAGUAAAUGGAUAAAACGUAAAAAAAAAUCUAAAACUUUUGGUAGGAUGUAUAUGGUUAGUAUUCGUGAUAGAGAAAGGUAUUUUCUUCGAGUGUUGUUAUUGCAUUUAAAUGGUGUGCAGUCUUAUAUUGAUUUAUUAACUGUCGAUGGACAGCAAUGUAAUUCGUUUGAAGAAGCUGUAAUUAAACGUAAUUUAUUAGCUACUGACCAGGAGUGGUAUAAUUGUAUUCAGGAAGCAAUGCUGUUUCAAAUGCCACGCCAAUUGCGGGCAUUAUUUGCUUUUAUUUGUCUGUUUUCAGAAAUUUUAAAUCCGAUCAAUUUAUGGGACACAUUUAAAAAUUCGUUUUGUGAAGAUUAUCUUCGUAAUUUUGACGAAAAUGUAGCCAUUAAUAUGGCUCUAUUCGAUAUUGAAAAUAUUUUUCUAACUCACGGUAAAACCUGUAUUGAUUUUCAAUUGCCUACCCCAGAAAUGAUGGUUGAAACUGCUGUCGAUAUUGUUGAUGAUUCGAUCCUUCAUGAUUAUUAUAAUUCUAUGAAUAACGACCAAAAAAAAAUUAUUGAUGAAAUUAUUUCCCGUAUAGAAUGUAAUCGAGGUGGAUUGAUUUUUGUUGAUGGACCAGGAGGAACAGGAAAAACCUUUUUAUACACUUAUUUGUGUUUAUAUUUUGCUGCUAAAAAAAAAAUUGGUGCUACCAGUAGCAUGGACAGGAAUUGCUGCGACAUUGCUUCCAAAUGGUACUACUUCUCAUUCGAUUUUUAA